UUUUACCACUUAUGUGGUAAAUAUCGGAUAUCUUAAACUAAGAGAGAUGAUGGUAACAUGGUUGAUAGUGACAGUACUUGUCUUUGUUUUGAAUCAUGGGAUGGCUACGCAAUCGAUUAUACAAAAUCCCGAUAUGAGAGUAUUUUGCCUAAUGUUUGCAUUACCAGGACGAAAAAAUGGUCCCAAUAUUAACGAGUUCAAGAAUCUAUUUGAUGCCCAACUCGAAAAAGUAGGCAAGAAUAUCUUCGGAAACAUUUCACACAGUAAAAGGAUGGAAGAGGCCGGAAAAAUAUGCACAUUCAUGGACAGUUCUUCCCCAAAAUGUGCUUACCACAGGAUAACUACCAUUGGAAACCACAUGAUUGAUGAUAUAAGAAGACUAGAACGAAACAUUGGGACCGGAUUCAAAGAUUCGUGGUACAUGUAUACAGUGCUUCUGUCGACGUGGUACAUGGACCGAGUAUUUCUAAAUCUUAAUUGUGGCCCAGUGAAUAUCACUUCGCCUCGUCCGACAUCCCAGUGGGAAUAUGUAUCUAAAUGGAGUAAGUAUUUACUCUCUCGGAAAAAUUUCUGCACUUGGUCAAAACCGUUGGACACAGCAGUUGCAAAAAAUCUACGUCAAGAGGUGAAGAAGAUUUGCAACUACAGGGAAACAGAGCCUAUCUGUAGACUAGAACCGGUUCUUGACUUAGUAGAUUCAAUGACAAAUCUAUGCAACAUUGUUGUCCAAACCGAAUGGCAAACUAGUUCAUCAGACUUUAAGUUCUUUAAAAGUGCAGCGUAUAUCAACUUCUUUAGUAUGAGGGUUAAAAUGCCGGCAGAUAUUGUUAACCUGUUUGACACAAACACAAGAGAAGAAGCUGUCAGAACAGGAAUACUUAGCAUUUUUUUUCAACUGUAUGACGAUUUUAAAGCCAAUGACUUAUCGCUAGCUGUCAAACUGUUAAAGAUACUUCCCAAAAGUCAGUAUUUACCGUGUGAUUACAAUGCGCCAUUCCCAUCAUUCAAAUGGACGAUUUGCUCAUGCGCUAAGGUAUUUAACGAGCUCCGUUUAUACCUUCAAACCUAUGGUACAGGUAACGCUGAUGUUUUACCUCGCAAGUUUUUGGUUUCAGAUAUUGACUUUCGGGAUUAUAUAAAAAACUUAAAAGUAACUCAAAUAAAAGAACUAGCAGAGAAGAAUGCAGUCAGUCUACAAGUCGUUGCUAUGGAUAUCAAGAAUGAUGUACAACACCGAUUUCAACAACUUGGAACAUACUUCAAGAAAGUAGCCUCGUACCAAAACGCAAAGCUAGAUGCGGACGUUCGUUAUCUUAAAGGUAGAAUUGAAGACUAUCAAAAUAGAUUUGUCAAAUAUGUAGAUGAACUCAAGGUAAAACUAAGAAAGUUACUAGUCAUUUACAUUGGUAGUGCCUUGGAAGAUUUACUUCAAGCCGUAUUAAAGAUGGUAUUGCGAAUGGCAAUGGCUGCAAAUCCAUUUAAAUGGCUGUUUGAUAGUGGGAAUUCCGACGAUAUUUUGGAGUCCGCGACAGAAAUAGCAGAAGCAUCUAGACUUUUAACUCAUGCCAUUGGGAGUGCAGCUAAUUUUCAUAAGCUUGUGGAAUACAGCACUGAAAUUGCAAAGAAACUGGCAAAAAAUGAGAAGAUGAUAAAGAAUGUUGGCAAGAUAAUGGAUAGUGCUGUGAAGAUUGUAGAGUCAUCUGGAAAUGGUUAUGAAACAAUGCAGUCCAAUUUUUUGAGAGACUAUACUUCCUAUUCCCCUCAAGUUACAAAAGAUGAUCUAGCCAAACUAGGUGCGUAUUGGGCACUAUUUAUCGAAGAAAUAUGCGAGGGCAUUGCUUCUACGGGUAGUAUAGCUGCAAAUGCAAUAAGAGGAAUUACUGGUGCAACAGGCAGGUGUCGUGAAGCUAAAAUAACGGCCGAACAAUUGGUAGCAACACAGGAAGAGGUAUACGACCUUCAGUUUGACCUUAUGGAAACAAUGGCAAAUUUAAUGCGAAGCCUCACUCAGAUACAAAGCUCUAAAAUUCUCGGAGAAGGUCCAAAGGCUCAGCAUCCAAGUGGUUUAUCCGUUGACACUAUUAAAACCUUAGUAGCAGUUUCAUCGAUGUCGUACAAUAUUUUACAGACAACUAAUGUUCAAAUGCUGUGUAACAUUUUAGAAUAUAAGCAGGGGGGACGAAAGCCACAGUUGUGUAACGGAUUGGCUACAGAUAUUGACAAGUUAUUAGCAUCAAGAGAAAGCGAAUGUCACGCUGAAUUGAAAUUUAUAACAAUGUCAACAAAAAGGACGAACAAAACUGGCGACUAUUCUUGGUUAGACCUUUCUAUGUUAUUUCGUGGUAAAACUGUUCCAUUUCAAGUACCAGAAACGAACUGGUGGAUGCAGCAUGCUAAACUUUUACCAUCACAAAGAAAUCAUAGCUUUUAUCUGGCUGGGUUUGAAAUAUAUAUGCCGAUUGUUAGCGAUGACGCUAGUCCGGUACUUGUGCAAGUCACCCCAACAAACGUCGACAACAAAUUGUUUCAAGAUGCUGAGACAAAUUACAUCAUAUCACCACUCAAACAGAUGACUGACCGCCUCAAGAUAUCAUACACAGAAGGUCACGGUUACAGUUGCCGCCAGCAAAGAAUACCCAAUCCAUACCGAGUAUGUGGCAGGAACGAACGAUCAUCUUUUCCACAGAUAUGCCCUAAUUCAAUAAGCAAAAAAGACAACAGUAUACUGCUACCGUCCGUAUACUCAAAGUUUAAUUUACGAGUGGAGGGAUAUGAACAACUUCAUCUAGAUGAACCAGUCACAGAUGUUCCUCUAAAAAUUGGUAUCAAGUUCUGCUCUGUUGAUCCAUCUCGACCUUUGCAACGGCGGAAAAGAGAAAUAUCAAGAAUACGCAAACAAAAAUCAAAUGGAGAUUUAUGUUGUCCUCAGAACAAACAGUAUUUCUCAGAAGUGACAAAACAUUGUGAAGCUUGUCCUGUUGGGUCCCAGAGCUACUACAAUGGUCUGUUUUGUGGCAAACUUAUCAACAUACCUUUCUCUGGAAACAUUACAGAAAACUUCACAUAUCAUAAGGCGGUUAAUCUGUGCAAGCAGAGUGGUUCCAAUAUUACAUCGACUCAGCUUUUCGUCCAAGCGCGUCAACUGGGCCAGACGUCAUGUGUGUGUGCCUGGUUAGAAGGAUCCCGUGUUGAUUCGAUUACUACUAGAAACAAUUGUAGAAACAAAACAGCUUGUUCGACAUCGGGAAAUAUCAAAUACGUUCAUUGCACGACAAAUUUUUUCCACUAAGGAACAAGCAUGAAUUUCGUAUAGAAAUAUGUCCAAUAUAACAAGUUCUUUUUCUUUUUAAUAAACUAGCUUAUAAAAUUGAACAAAAUAAGGAAAAGUGUGUACUGAUGGAGUGUUGAAGUUUUUAUAAAAAGUCUGAGCGUUGACAAAGUAAAUCAAGGCCAUUUAGGAUCAUUCCAUAUUCAGUCUGUUUAAUCAAAAAGUUCUCAAGGUUAAAUCAUUUCCAAACUGAUAUGAUGUCUUUUACGUUUAAUGAUUAAUUCAUACAUUUUUUAUGUAACUCUCUAUUGAGUACUAAUGAGGAAGAUAUGAUGAUUUAGAAACGAUGAUUAGGUAAAACGUAAAAAAAGCUCUCUAAAGAUUCAUACAAUUUACACAUACCUAGAAGUAGUUGGUUAGAUGCAAACAAUUCGCACAUUCAUAAAUCCUACAACUAUAGGUAUAUAGAUAUAACUAAAUAACCAGAAUAACUUUUGUACAAUAAUAAUUGAUUUAUUAUGUUGCUUGCCAUUCGACAUUCGACCGAAAUACUCUUUUCUAUAAAUCAGGUCUAACUUGUUCAUAAUAACGAAGCAACUAUCUUAAAAGAUCUUUCGUGUAUGCUUUACCAAAUAUAUAUUCAUGUCAUGAAUUAUUCCUGAAUAGUAGAUUGUAAAAAAAAUGAGGGAUAAUAUUUUAAAAUUACUUUUGUCAUGUUAAGAAAGUUCCAAUACCUCAAAACAAAAACGUCCACGAAGUUUGCAUUGUUUCGUCGAAGUCAAUCAGGGAUAAAUGCAAUUUGUGUCGAAGGUGUCCUUUUUGUAGCGCAGAUUGAAUACAAAGUAGUACCCCCUGUCAUAUAAAUUACUGAUAAAUACAGGAGUAUUUGUGAUUAUAUAGCAUGUUAUGUUUUAUAUAAAUUACUGAUAAAUACAGGAGUAUUUGUGAUUAUAUAGCAUGUUAUGUUUUUACAGGAGUAUUUGUGAUUAUAUAGCAUGUUAUGUUUUAUCGGAGUAUUUGUGAUUAUAUAGCAUGUUAUGUUUUAUCGGUAUAUUUUCAGAUAGAUUUAGUGUCCUAAAUCCUGGUUUUAGAAUACAUGACUGCCAGAAUCUUCUGCUCUGGUCCUUGUAAAAUUAAAUAUAGUACAAUGUAGAUUUGUGAUGUCAAAUAUGCUUGACCCGACCUUAUUAACUUUGACCCUGACUUAAUAUGACUUAAUGUUUGAAUGAAUGUUUGACCCUAACUGAUCAACUGAUUAACCGGUUUACUGGUGCUACUACUGUUUCUUUAAAAAAAAAUAUGAUUUUCAUCAUAUUGAGUCUGUGGAAUAUUAUCUUUUCGACCAUUAUAAAGCCGCAAUGAGCUCAUUUAAAAAAGGACAUUUUAAAACGUAAAAAAAUGUGACUAGCUUAAAAAAGAUCUAUAAAAAUACGUCCAGCUGGAAAUAGCAUGUUCAGGGCGAUGUAACGCUUAAAAGUAGUGCUUUUGAAAAGUUCUGUAUUACAGUAAAUUUGAUAUUGGGCGUUCGGUUGGCAAAUGGAUUUAAAACAGUUCAUAACUAAAAAAGUUUCGUACAAGUAUUAUUCUGUAAAAAUAAACGUCAUGACUUUUUUUGUUGAAUUGCUUAAUCAGGAUUGCUACCAUGAUUUGAAAACCUUUACUAAAAUGAUUUUUUUCAACUUGCAUGUGUUGAUUGAGUACAAAACAUUUCCACUUUUAUUUCUUUAUACGACAGAAUGAUCUUUGUACAGUCUGAUAUCAAAUCUGAUAACAUUUGUCAUCUAAGUUUUGUUUUAAUAAAACAAUACUUACCUUU